UAAAAGUUUUCAGGUGUUGUAUAAUCGCUUCGGAAUUGCAUCAAACCUUCAGAGCGAUUUUUAAGGAAAGGCCCGCAAAGGAACCUUUCUAAAAUAUCAAGCUUCAAUAUGCGGUAAUGGACAGACGUUCGUUUGAAAUCGCUGUCAUCACAUGUUGUAAAGCUUCCCCUCGAUUUGAUCCUCCACUCUGUGACGCCUACAGGUACCGGUAACGCAUGAUGUCUGCUUCCAGCGCAUUUGCUCCUCUCAUUCUCAAACGUUCGAGAAUUCUUCCUUCCUUCUCGUGUAUUCGCUUACGAUUGAAUUUAUGCAGUAAGUGUUUUUACAAGACAAAUGGUGGGAAUUUCAAAUUCGAAAAUCGAACUUUCAGAAGUUUGAAAAGCCGAGAAACACUUAAAAUAUUCCCAUGCAGAAUGUUGGCAGGAUCUGUGCGAACUUUUUCUAGCGAAGAUCAAGGCGAUAAAGCGAAGGUUGUUGAGAAAGAAAGUGAGAAGAAAAAGCAACUGAAGAGUGAUGAUCUCCUCCGGAUUCUGUCGUUGGCCAAACCAGAAUACAAGAGCCUUGCAGGAGCCAUAGGCCUUUUGUUUAUAUCUUCAGCAGUUACUAUGUCUGUUCCAUUUUGUAUGGGAAAGAUCAUUGACAUUAUUUACAGUACAAGCCAGGAUACAAGGCAAAUGGUUGAAACUUUAUCCUAUGUCUGCAAAAUCCUUUGCGGUGUGUUUGUUUUGGGCGGGGCAGCCAAUUUUGGAAGAGUUUACUUAAUUCAAGUAUCUGGGCAGAAAGUUAUCAAGCGGCUGCGUGAAAGACUCUUUAGAGCCGUAUUGAGACAAGAAACAGCCUUUUUUGACAGAACAAGAACUGGAGAACUGAUUAAUCGCCUGUCAGCAGAUACCAUCCUCGUAGGAAAGGCUGUGACAGACAAUGUGUCUGAUGGUUUGCGAGCUGUGGCUCAGUCAGUUGCUGGCGUGUCAAUGAUGUUUUAUGUGUCUCCCAAGUUAGCCAGCAUUGUCCUUGGUAUUGUGCCACCAGUCGCUAUUGCCAUUAUCAUGUAUGGACGUUAUCUGCGUAACAUCACAAAGAGAACUCAAGAUUCUUUAGCAGAAUCUACUCAAGUUGCAGAAGAAAGAAUUAGCAAUAUACGAACAGUGAGAGCAUUUGGACAGGAGAUGAAGGAAAUUGAGAGAUACAAGGACAGUGUUGAAGAUGUUUUCAAGCUGGCAAAGAAAGAGGCACUUGCCAGAGCAGUGUUCUUUGGAUUUACAGGACUAUCAGGUAAUGCCAUCAUGCUUUCUGUGUUGUACAGUGGUGGAAUGAUGAUGACAAGUGCUCAGAUCUCUGUUGGAGAUCUUACAUCUUUUCUUCUCUAUGCUGGAUUUGUGGGAAUCUCAUUUGGAGGUCUGAGCUCAUUUUAUUCAGAAUUGAUGAAGGGAAUUGGUGCCAGUGCGCGUUUGUGGCAGUUGAUUGACAGGAAUCCUACCAUACCCUUGACAGGGGGUUUACGUCCAGACAUGCAUGACCUAAAUGAUGGAAUUACAUUUAAGGAUGUUCAUUUUACUUAUCCAUCACGCCCUGACCUGGAAAUAUUCAGAGGACUUAAUCUAGAGGUGCCUGCUGGGUCUAUCACAGCCGUUGUUGGACCAAGUGGAUCUGGAAAGAGUACCCUAGGGUCAUUACUACUUCGUCUAUAUGACCCUGGAAAGGGGCAGGUUAUAGUUGGAGGACAUGAUGUGCGAACCCUGUCACCUGAUUGGCUAAGAGGUGCAGUUGGAACAGUUCAUCAGGAACCUAUUCUGUUCUCAUGUUCAAUUGCGGACAACAUUGCAUAUGGAGCUAAUACAGGUCAGCAAGUGACUAAUGAUGACAUCUUGGAUGCUGCUGUGCAAGCCAAUGCUUAUGGAUUCAUCAAGAGCUUUCCUAAUGGAUUUGACACUGUUGUUGGAGAAAGGGGACAAAUGCUUUCAGGAGGUCAAAGGCAGAGGAUUGCUAUUGCAAGAGCAAUUUUGAAGAACCCUUCCAUCCUGCUGCUUGAUGAGGCCACAAGUGCCCUGGAUGCAGAGAGUGAACACUUGGUUCAAGAGGCUUUGGAGAGGUUAAUGAAGGGUCGUACAGUCAUAACUAUAGCACAUCGACUGUCAACCAUCAAAAAUGCUGACAAUAUUGUUGUGUUGAGUGAUGGACAAAUCUCUGAGGCUGGAUCCUAUAUGGAAUUGAUGGCUGAGCCAGAUGGUUUGUUUCGAAAGUUGGUUGAGAAGCAGACUAUUGCACUUCAGUGAACUGUAAGAGGCUCUUUUCAGGUUAUUAGCAUUGACUUACAUCAUUUGUGACUUGUAUGGUGAAAAGUUGUGAGAUCUGGAAAGAACCAAAUGAUAAUAAAUGAUGGUGAGAUUAAGUAAAGAUGAGUCAAGCUAAAAACUAAAAGGUAAUUAAGCUUGGGCAUACAAUUAAUGUGUCCAUGGCUGCCCUUAUGCCAUUGGCCACCAAACAGUGGUCUUUUUUCUUGUUUUAAUCAUUUUACUGGUUUGUGAGUUAAUGCUUCAAGUUACAUCAUUUAUGUAAUGUUGAGGUACAUCUGUUCUGAUUUAUCUGUCAAACAAAAGCUUUUUUGGACUGUUACUUUGUGACUUUCUCCUCUGAGUUGUGAUUUACCCUGUAACUCCCAGAAGUGAUGUUAUUAGCAUGUAACAUCUCCUCUUGAUAUCCAAACACCAUCCUGCAAACAAGUAACAAGAAAACUCAAACCUAUCAGGUAGAAGUUAUCUUGAUCUAGCAUCAAAUUCUCAUAGCUAAUUUACAAGGAAAUGUGCUGUAGCAAGGAGGGAGGAUUAACAGAUAUUGGGAGUUAUUGAGUGGAUGGCUUUAAAGCCAGAUUACUUUGUCACCCAAAUUGUCAUUUUCCACUGUGGUAUAUUCGUAAAUUAUAGGGUUCAUGUUACUCUUAAAAAAAUGUAGCAGCAAAAAUAUUUAACUAAUUUUUUGUAAAUGAGUAUCAAAUCAAUCAAAAUUGGUGAGUGUAAUAUGCAUUUUUGUAUUAAGUUAAACAUUUUCUCCUGGUAAAAUUAGUUUUGGUACCACUUCGCAUACAAAAAGAAAAUUAUCCUUGGGUUGCAAUUGCAUCUUUGAUAACAUGAUAAUUUACGGAUUUGUAUGGAAAUCAAGACUCUUAAUAAGAUGUAUUUAACUGAAAACCUUGGUAAAUAAGUCAAUUAUUACUGUAAUAGUUGCUCUGUAGGGCAAUUGGGUGUGAGAUUUUUAAAAUAA